AUGCGUUCAACUACUCCAUCAGAGAGACUUCAUGGUCUCUAUUCAUCUCAACAUAAGGAAUUGUUUUCUAGUUUGUCCGAUAUAAUAAACAAGCCCAGUUUUAAGGAGAAAAUUGCUCGCCGCCUGUCCGAAGCAGUCCGCAUCCCGACUGAGGUUGGCGAUGGAAUGGGCCAUGUGGGUGAAGACUCUCGGUGGGAGAUUUUCUACCAGUUCUCCAAGUGGCUCCGAGAUACAUAUCCAUCGCUGUUCACGGAGCUCAAACAUACUGUGAUCAAUGAACAUGCGCAUCUUUUCACAUGGGAGGGCUCCGACCGAAAUCUCAAGCCCUUGCUCCUGAUGGCACAUUCAGACGUGGUGCCCGUGACUACUUGGACCACGGAAAAUUGGACACACAAGCCCUUCUCUGGCCACUACGAUGGGAAAUAUAUCUGGGGUCGCGGCUCCGAGGACGACAAGGCUAACGUCGUGGCCAUAUUGUCGACCUUGGACCUUCUUCUGGCCUUUAAAUUCAAGCCUGCACGGACAAUCAUUAUGGCGCUGGGAUUCGAUGAGGAAGGUGGCGCUGAGAAAAGCUAUGGCGCAAGAUGUUUGGCUGAAGAGAUACUCCGGCAAUAUGGCAAGGAUGGGAUCGAACUAAUAUUCGAUGAAGGCAUGGCUAGCGUGGAAGAACGACACGGCAGGGAGUUCGCCUUGCCCGCCACUUCAGAAAAAGGGUAUCUGGACGUUACCAUGAGAGUCGAUACUCCGGGAGGGCUCUCUCAAGAGCCUCCAGACCAUACUAGCAUCGGCUUUCUUGCCCAGGCAGUUCAGAUUAUUGAAGACAACCCUUUCACUCCGACGGUCUCGAAGAACAAUCCUGGACUAGUUUCCCACCAACAGAUCUCUCAAUAUUGCAGUGAAGCCUCAGAACAUUCAGCCGAUCCUUCCAUAUAUAAGGCUUCUGAUGAAUGUUUCAAACAUAUUUUCCAGGCAAAAGAUCUGCGACCUUUAAUUCAGACCAGCACUGCAGUUACCGUCAUACACGGAGGAGACAAAGUAAACUCACUUCCAGAGUCAUCUUACGCUAUGGUCAACCAUCGAAUCGCCCCUCAUGAUUCAGUGCGCAUCGUGAAAGACCACUACAUUUGCCUUUUGUACCCCUGGGCCGAGAAGCACCGCCUUGCAGUUCACGGAUUCGGUGAGGUUGUGUCUGAGCUGGAGGAUCCCACUGGAACACUGACCCUGAUUUCCGAGUACGAUCUUGAUCCAUCGCCAAUUUCGGACUCAAGCGAUCCUCGAUUUGAGUUACUUGCUGGCACUAUACGGGGAGUGUUUGGGGAACAUACCAUUUAG